CAAACACGGUUUGCAAAAAAGUCAAACAGCAUCCAAUCUGAAUAUUUUAGAAAACCCGUUUUUUCACGCACACAAGCCCUUCAUUCUAAAACUCAAUCCAUGCCACCCAAACAAAAACAACAUAAAAACCAUGUAAGAAAAAAGAACACACAUACAAUUAGAAAAAAUAAUUAAAGAUACAGAUUAAUUUGUCUUGAACUAGUGUGAACAAAUGUGAUGUAGGGUUUGUGUCACAGGCCAGAGCCAAAGCCCACAAGCUGUUUAAUUGCCCCCUGAGGAGCUGUUGUCUUCUAGUGGGUGCUGGGCUGAAAAUCUGAUAAGCCCUACUAUGAUGUACAGUGCAGUAGGAUUAAGCCCCAUUCCCACCUGUACCGGGUCGGCCCGGGCCGGGCAGCGUAGGUUGUUUACAUAUCUGGGUGGCCUGGUAUUUUCCCGGGCCAACCAAGGCUCAUUCUCAGCCCUCUUCCCGAGGGGUACUGCUUCAGGCUGACCUGGCCCAACACGCCCACUGUCCACCGAUUGGUCAAGUCAUGUGUUACCCUCCCCUUCAAUAACAUCUUCUGAUUGGCCCUGCUGUGUUAUUUGUAGUGAUGUCACAGAAUCGCGCCCAAACUCAAAUCUCCAAACUCAAUCUCCAGUUCACCAGCGUUGACAUGAUAGCUUCUCCCUGCUCCCAGACCUCAUCUCCUAACCCCUGGAGCAAUGUAGAGGUUAAAACCCUCCUCACUUUGCUCAGCGACGAGAGAAUCCAGCGCGAACUGGACGGUACGGUGCGUAAUGAAAAGAUCUUUCAGGGGCUUGCACUGGCGAUGUCCACCCACGGCUUUGAACGCACCGCGAAGCAGUGCCGAGAAAAAAUAAAAAAGCUCAAAGCUGAGUACAGGUCUGUCAAGGACCACAACAGCAGGAGUGGAGCAGACAGGCGGCAGUGGAAGUGGUUUGCCGAAAUGGACGCCAUUUAUGGUGAGAGGCCUGUGAGUAAUGGCCGCGAGAGUGGCGUGGACACAGCCACUCCAGCUAACACUGGACCUCAGGACAACGAUACAACUCUGGAAAUGUGCACCGAUGGGAGCCAGGACGUGCCCGACACCGGGGACAUGGACGCUGGGCCCUCAUCUGCCAACAGCGGCCGUAGCUGCAGCCCGAGCGUCUCAGCGCUGUCGGUGGGCAGCAGAUCACGCUACGGAAAAAGGAAGCGGGGGAGCACCAGCGUGUCACCAUUGUUGGAGACGCUGGUGGAGAGUGACGCGGGGUUCCUGGAGACUGCAAGGAGGAUGAACACCUUAAUGGAGCAGCAAAUGGAGGCAGAUGCAGAGGACAGACGCCUGGACAGGGAGGAGAGACGAGAGGAGAGGAUGGCACAGCAGCAAUUUAACGACUCCUUUUUGGAUGUGCUGCGCAGUUUGGUGUCUGCUGUUGAGAAAUCAACCAAAUGA